AUGGACUACGAAAACAAACAUGCCCACGAGGACAUCUCGGAGAAGGGUGGUAUGGAGGACCUGACAAACACCUCCACCACCCAUGAUGCAGUCUUUGGAGAGAUCAGUGAGGACGGACCAAACUACCGCGAUGUUGGCUGGAUGGGAACGAUCGUGAUCAUGAUGAAGACUCAGAUCGGAUUGGGUGUACUCGGAAUUCCUUCUGUCCUUCACACUCUCGGUCUGAUUCCAGGUGUGAUCAUUCUUGUCAUCGUGGCUACGAUGACUACUUGGUCCGGAUGGAUGGUCGGGAGAUUCAAGUUGCUCCACCCUGAGGUUUACAACAUCGACGAUGCGGGUUUCCUGAUGGGUGGCCGGAUAGGACGAGAAGUCCUCUACUGGGGCUUCAACAUCUCGUCGGCCAUGCUGGGAAUCUCCAUUGGUCUCAACUCAUUGUCCACUCAUGGUACCUGUACUGCAGUCUUCGUUGCCGUGGCUGCCAUUAUCGGAUUCGGAUUCGGAAGCAUCCAGACACUCGGCAAGGUUGCUUGGAUUGCGUGGGUCGGUGUCUUUGGCAUUCUCAGCGCCGUCUUUACUCUUGCAAUUGCCGUUGCUGUUCAGGAUCGUCCAGAAGCCGCACCUCAAACGGGCGUGUACAAAUCCGACUACAAGCUCAUCGGAGAGCCUACCUUCGAGGAGGCGAUGAGUGCUGUGUGUACUAUGAUCUUCGCCUUCGCAGGAUCGCCAGCUUUCUUCUCCAUCGCCUCUGAGAUGCGUGACACACGCCUCUACACCCGGUCAUUGGUCAUUUCCCAGGCCGCCGUCGCCGCCGUAUACCUCGUGGUCGGUAUCAUUGUAUACUACUUCUGUGGAUCAUACGUUGCGUCUCCUGCCCUUGGAUCCGCUGGAGUCCUGAUGAAGAAGGUCUGCUACGGUCUCGCACUUCCAGGACUGGUCGCUAGCUGCAUGCUUUUCGUUCAUCUUCCUUCCAAGAACUUCUUCAUGCGCUUCAUGCGUGGUACUAAGCAUCUGACCGCCAACACCCCAACACACUGGAUCGCCUGGCUGAGCUGUACCGGAGGAGUGACCCUGGUCGGCUACAUCCUAGGCUCCGCGAUCCCAGUCUUUAGCAGUCUGAUCUCUUUGGUCGGUGCUCUCUUCGCUACCUUCAUGUCCUUCCAGCCUAUGGGAUGCAUGUACCUCUACGAUAACUGGAACCGCCCUCCAUCAGCAAGGACAAAGAGAUGGUACUUUGGGAUCUCGUGGGCUUUCUUCAUCAUCAUUAUUGGAACAUUUGURAUGGUGGCGGGUACAUACAGCACUAUCCUUGGAAUCAUCAAUGACAAGGGCAGGACAUCGCCAUGGUCUUGUGCGGAUAACUCGAACUCCAAGGCCGGCUAG